AUGGAGCUGGGAGACGCCGCCGCCGCCGGCCAGGGAGCGCAAGGGGACGCCGCCUCCGGGGCCCUUGUCAGGAAGAAGAGGAUGAGGAGGAAGAGCACUGGCCCUGACUCCAUUGCCGAGACGAUCAAGUGGUGGAAGGAGCAGAACCAGAAGCUGCAGGACGAGAGCGGCUCCAGGAAGGCGCCGGCCAAGGGUUCCAAGAAAGGGUGCAUGGCGGGCAAAGGAGGGCCUGAGAACGUCAACUGCGUGUAUCGCGGCGUGAGGCAGCGGACGUGGGGCAAGUGGGUGGCGGAGAUCCGCGAGCCCAACCGUGGCCGGCGGCUAUGGCUGGGCUCCUUCCCUACCGAUGUGGAGGCUGCACAUGCAUACGAUGAGGCGGCAAAGGCCAUGUAUGGCCCCAAGGCACGUGUCAACUUCUCGGAGAACUCUGCUGACGCCAACUCUGGCUGCACGUCGGCGCUUUCAUUGCUGGCAUCUAGUGUACCGGCUGCCACGUUGCAACGGUCUGAUGAGAAAGUGGAGACUGAGGUGGAAUCUGUGGAGACUGAGGUCCAUGAGGUGAAAACAGAAGGGAAUGAUGACUUGGGAAGUGUCCACGUUGCCUGCAAGACCGUGGACGUCAUUCAAUCUGAGAAGAGUGUGUUACACAAAGAAGGGGAAGUAAGUUAUGAUUACUUCAACGUUGAAGAGGUGGUUGAGAUGAUAAUUAUAGAAUUGAAUGCUGAUAAAAAAUUGAAGCACAUGAAGAAUACCAUGAUGGAGAUGAUGGGUUUAGCCUUUUUGCAUAUUAGAAGCAUGGUUAUGGGGAGAAGUAGGAAUAACUUCAUUCUAGAUGUUAGGAAAAUGCUUCAACCUGAAGCGUUGUAG